GAAUUUGAUAAUUAACAUUGUUAAGAAUUCAGCCAAAGAGUCUGUACGUGAAUACAUCUGUUAGUUUGUUCGCUGAUAUCCAUAAGUGUCCUGUAGCUACUUUGAAGCCAGUUGACAGUCUGCUUGAACCAUGAGCGCCAGCGAACAGUUUAUCCAGGCCAUUCAGACUGGGGAUUUAAUUUAUGUCGAGAAACAUCUAAGAAGGCCGGGAACUGAAAUCAACGCUGAGGUGAGACACGGGCGAAAUGCUCUCCAUUACGCCGCUGAUGCAGGAAAAGUUCCGAUCGUUAGAUUUCUGUUAGACAACAUGGCCAUCAUUGAUUUCCAAGACCUCGAUGGUAUGACUCCACUGAUGGCCGCAGUUGAUAAAGAUCACCUUCCCACGGCAGCUUUUCUUUUGAAAGAGGGAGCAGAUCCAACUAUAGAAGAUGAAACAGGAAAAACAGCUUAUGAUAUCGCGAAGGACAAGAAUUUUACAAAGAUCCUGGCUCUUUUAGAAGAAUACAAAAAGUAAUUACGCUCAUUUUUUAGAAAGAUUCCUCAAAUGAAGUUCCCUCAACUUUAACUUGUUGUCGAUGUUCUUGUUUUCUUGUGUUGUGUGAGUGAUUUCGUUUGUGAAGAGUAAUUUACAAAUAGCUCCCAUGUUGCCGUGGGUCUGCUCAGUGAUAGAUCACAGAUCAGACGUCAAAAUGUGGCAAGAACAAAGAAGUGGUGCAUAAGGAGCAACCGAGUGUGUCGCUGACGUUUUUAUCAUAUUUGGAUGUCUUCUGUGAUCUAUUACUGAACAGACCCACGUCAAAAUGCAGUCUAUUUGUUUUAUGUAAUAAAAAAGCAAAUAUUUGUUAUUGGUGACGUCAUCUAUGCGUCUGUCCUACAAUAGAUUAGUAGAGAGAACAAAUCAAAAGGCGUGUAGGAUUCAGCUUAUCGUCGCUCCCAGCCUCCUGGGGGCGACGAACUAUCUGUUAUGUUCAGAUGUUCGCUACUCAGUCAAACAGUAAUGCACGGCAAUUGAUGCUUAAGUCUGGAAAAAAAUACACAUAAAAUAAGUCAUCUUUAAAAAUCGAGCUGUUAACGGUUCAUCAUUGUGCAA